AUGCAUAAGAUAUUGCGUAGCUGUAUUCGUAUUGCUAAUGAGCAAUUAAUUUGUGGGUCUUCUCCAUUUCCUCCUCUGGUGAACACCGAAUCAGGUGGGUCUUCUCCAUUUCCUCCUGUAUGCGAAUCAGAUGGGUCUUCUCCAUUUCCUCCUGUAGGUUUCACAUCAGGUGGGUCUUCUCCAUUUCCUCCUGUAGGUUACAGAUCAGAUGGGUCUUCUCCAUUUCCUCAUGUAGGUUACAUAUGGUGGGUCUUCUCCGUUUCCUCCUACACCGAAUCAGGUGGGUCUUCUCCAUUUCCUCCUUUGAACACCGAAUCAGGUGGGUCUUCUCCAUUUCCUCCUGUAUACCAGUAUCUUUGGCUUUCCGUACUUGUCUUUAGGGCUGGAUCCCAGUAUCUCUGUCUUUCCGUCGUUGUCUUUAGGGCUGGACAUGAUCAGAUGGGUCUUCUCCAUUUCCUCAUGUAG